GCAAGAAAAAUCGGUUCCUCAACAGAAAAGAAGAGAAAAGCCAGAGCGAUCUCACAGACUCUCUCUCUCCCUCACAGAGCGAGAGUUUUACAGCGAGACAGUUCUAGAAAGAAGAAGAGAAACCCGCCGGAAUAUUUUUCUGGUUCACAGCGAUCCCGCCGGAAGGAGUUUACGGUGAUCGGAGGCGAGUUUUGGUGUUCGGAUCCGGUGACGAGCAGGGAUGGUGAAUUCUAUGGUGGAGCGCGCCACGAGCGACAUGCUCAUCGGUCCUGAUUGGGCCAUGAACAUCGAAAUCUGCGACAUAUGCAACCACGACCCUGUGCAAGCAAAGGAUGUUGUUAAAGGUAUAAAGAAGCGCCUUGGAAGUAGGAAUUCAAAAGUUCAACUUCUUGCCCUUACACUGUUGGAAACAAUAAUAAAGAAUUGUGGAGAUAUUGUGCAUAUGCAUGUAGCAGAGAAAGACCUCCUCCAUGAGAUGGUAAAAAUAGUAAAGAAGAAGCCGGACUAUCAUGUCAAAGAGAAGAUAUUGAUCCUGAUAGAUACCUGGCAAGAAGCUUUCGGUGGCCCAAGAGCAAGAUAUCCACAAUACUAUGCUGCAUACCAGGAAUUGUUGCGUGCUGGAGCAGUAUUCCCCCACAGAUCUGAGGCCGCUGCUCCUGUAUUCACACCUCCCCAGACGCAACCAUUGUCAUCACUCCCUCAAAAUCUGCACAAUCCAGAUCUUCCGAGAGACAUAUCCGAGCCUUCUGCAGAGCCCGAGUUCCCAACAUUAAGCUUGACUGAAAUUCAGAAUGCACGGGGUAUUAUGGAUGUCUUGGCGGAAAUGCUAAGUGCUAUCGAUCCAGAGAACAAAGAGGGGCUUAGGCAGGAGGUUAUUGUUGAUUUGGUUGAACAGUGUCGUACAUAUAAGCAGAGGGUGGUACACCUUGUUAACUCGACUUCGGAUGAAUCACUUCUAUGUCAAGGACUAGCACUGAAUGAUGACUUACAACGUCUUCUAGCCAAACAUGAAGCCAUUGCUUCAGGCAAUCCAGUUCAACCGGAUAAACCCAAGGCUGGACCUCCUGGAGCACUUGUAGAUGUUGGUGGUCCUCUUAUUGACACUGGAAAUGAUAACAAACAACUUGAUGGGAGAUCCACUUCGAGUGCUGGUGCAAGCUCUAAUCCACUAAAUCAGUUAUUACUUACUGGACCUCCAACUACUAAUGGUGCAGCUCCUACGACAAAGGUCGAUCCCAAGAUGGAUCUUCUUAGCGGAGAUGACUUCAACUCACCGAAGGCAGAUUCACUGGCUCUUGUUCCUGUGGAUCAACAGCCAAGUAGUACUCCUGUAUCCAAUGCUCUUGUUCUUAUGGACAUGUUUUCUGACGGUAACAGUGCCCCAAAUCCUGUAAAUACCAAUUCUCCUCAUGCAGCCAACCAAACCAGUCCUUUAAACCCACAAUUUCAACAGCAGCGGAAUUUUCAAGCUCCACAAGGGGGAGUUCUCCCAAAUGGAAGUGUCCAAAACAUGGGAGCACCUCAGUAUGAGCAGUCACUGUACGCACAAGGAGGUGGUCCCACUUGGAAUGGUCAGAUUAUGCAGCAGCAGCAGCCGCCUUCACCAGGAUAUGGUUCACCAACCAGCGGAUCAUUACCACCGCCUCCCUGGGAAGCUCAGUCAGUAGAUGAUGGAAGCCCGGUAACAGGUUCUCCAUAUGCACCACCAAUGCAAGUUACUCAAGUGGUUGUCACACAUGCACAGGGUGGUUUCCAUCCACAGGGACCUCAACGGUCAACUAGUGACCCUGUAGUUGGUAUGUACAUUCAACCAAUUACAAGUAACCAUUUGUCCGCAAUCAAUCAGCAGGUUGCUCCAAGCAGUCAGUUGGGUUUGGCACCGUCUCAACCACUUCAAGGGCCAUCUAUGGGUAUGCUUCCACAGCCACCUACUCAAGCUGCAUACCCUCAACAAAUGUAUGGCAAUCAAAUGGUCCCCUAUGGCUAUGAUCAGCAACAGCAACAACAACAACAACAAGCGCAAUACCUUCAGCAGCAACAGCAACAUCAACAAGGGCAAUAUCUCCAGCAGCAACAUCAACAAGCGCAAUACCUCCAGCAGCAACAGCUACAUGCGCAAUACUAUCAGCAACAGCAGCAGCAGCAGCAAUAUCUUCAGCAGCAGAUGCACGGUCUUUCUGUUAAUGAUAAUGGUACGAGAAACUCCUACCAGGCUCCCACAUCAUCGUAUGUCCCACCUAGCAGGCCAGCCAAGCCAGAGGACAAGCUAUUUGGAGACCUUGUUGACUUUGCAAAACUGAAACCAACAAAACCCACGGCCGGCAGAACUGGUAGCAUGUGAAAUUGUUGGUGGUUUCGCUUCCUUUUUCUUCCCAUUAUUUUGGCCAGCUUCUUAGUUUGAUUUGUUUUUCCUUUUCCUUUUUCCAUUUUUGGUCUUUUUCGUUAUAUAUAAUUUUUUUAUGGGAUUUGGCUCCAAAUUUGGGUUUGCGCUUUGUAUGGCAUUGGGAUAUGUACAUUCUUUGUAGAAAAAAAGAAAAGAAAGCCCAACAAAAAUGGGAGACCUCCAUGUGGAUUAGAUUGAAUUGAUGAGAUUUGCUCUUUUAGUUUACUUUCCAA